UCCUCGACCAAAUCUCAUCAUUUUUUAGCUAUCAAGAUUCACUAUGCACAUUACAACAGUCCCGUAGUAUUUUAACAGGAUAAACCAAACAAUAUUUAAUCAUUCAAAAAUCAUCAGUAUAUGUUUCUACAUUCAAACCUCUUCUCCGUGCGAUAUAAAAAAAAUGGCAACUGCUCUGAAAACAACAUUGUUUCUACAACCUAAGAAAUCUCACAACCAGUUUGUUUCACACUCAACUCAAAGACCUAAUGUCUCUUUUGAAUCAUUCACAGUACCAAUGGCUUCUAUUAGUAUUACCCCAACUGUUGGACUUUCUGAAACUUUCUCAAAAUUGAAAAAACAAGGCAAAGUUGCAUUUAUCCCUUAUAUAACUGCUGGUGACCCAGAUUUGUCAACAACAGCGGAAGCACUGAAAGUGUUGGAUUCAUGUGGAUCAGAUAUUAUUGAGUUGGGUAUACCAUAUUCUGAUCCCUUGGCAGAUGGUCCGGUUAUACAGGCUGCAACUACUCGCGCUUUAGCAAGAGGUACCAAUUUCAAUGCAAUUAUUGACAUGUUAAAAGAGGUGAUCCCGCAACUAUCGUGUCCAGUUGCGUUGUUUACAUACUACAACCCGAUACUUAAGCGUGGUGUCGAAAACUUCAUGGUUACUAUAAAAGAUGUUGGAAUACAUGGAAUUGUGGUUCCAGAUGUCCCUCUUGAAGAGACUGAGAUUUUGAGGAAAGAAGCUAGGAAGAAUAACAUUGAGUUAGUACUGCUAACAACGCCCACAACUCCAACAGAAAGAAUGAAGCCAAUUGUUGAAGCAGCAGAAGGAUUUGUGUAUCUUGUGAGCUCGAUUGGCGUCACUGGUGCACGUACAUCUGUUAGUGAUCGAGUUCAAUCUCUUCUUCAGGACAUUAAGAAGGCAACAGAUAAACCAGUGGCCGUUGGAUUUGGCAUAUCCAAACCAGAGCAGGUUCAACAGGUUGCAGGAUGGGGAGCAGAUGGUGUGAUUGUCGGUAGUGCCAUGGUAAAGUUGCUAGGUGAAGCAAAAUCUCCCGAGGAAGGUUUGAAGGAACUAGAAGCCUACACGAAGACACUGAAAGCUGCACUGGCUUGAUAAUUUUAUUUGAUCAUUGCAAAACAUGCAUCUCUUCUUUGUAUGCUUCUCAACAUUUGUUGUAUGGUAAAGAACCAAGCGGUAAUAAGUCACACAGCAUACUGCAGAAAACAAUGUUUGGUUUUAUAUGGUAUAGCAAAUUUGUUCA